AGCACCAUGAGCACGUGGGUAAGGUUGAAAAAGGAUAGGUGUUCUCUUAUUGAAUGAUACCAGUAUUUGAGUAUUUUAUUCGCCGGAUUUUUGAAAAGUGCAAGUGAUUUGAUGUCUUUUAUUCAGGGCCAGAGGUUUUGCAAGUACAUUGGCAACUUGACCGUUCUCAUAAGCAGAAAUGCCCAAACCAAAGUAUUCAAACAGAUAAAGUCUCAUAAUUUCCAAUACCACACUUCAUCUUUGCUAUCCCAAAAUGUUAAUCCUAAGGAAAAAAGUAAUAGAUAUGAUCAUAGGGGUACCUGGCAUCAGCAGGAAGACACCAGGAGUUAUGAUAAGUAUGAUCAGGAGAGCAUGAUUCAAGAAGCAAUUAGGGAGAAACGACUUAAUACGAUAGAUCAAAUUGAAGAGUUGAUGUCCCUCGUCGUCACAAAAGGCCAUUACAUUACUAAACAAAAUUUUAACUCACACUUCUUAUCAGUAUGUGGCGCUGAGAAAGUUUUUGAAGUUGGAAAACUGCUGUUUGAUCAUAUAUAUCAAAGCAACAAAGAUGUAAACAUUGGGGUGGCGAAUAAAUUUUUAAGAUUGUGCUACAGCUGCAGGGAAAAGUGCACAGAAGAGGAACACAAUGUUAUAUACGAAAUUUAUAAAAACCUUUUGGAAAGAUACGAAGUAUUGGACAGUAACACUUGUGAGAACGUCAUAUUAGGCCUGUCGAUAACUGACAAAUGGAGGGAGAUCGCAGAUGUAUUCAAAUUAUGCCGUUUGACCGUUCCUCCAAGUCAGAAGAUGUAUUCAGCGUUUAUUACUGCUGCAUUGAGAAAUGAUGAUGACAACUUAGCAUGGGAAUUAAUGGACGAGGCCAUGGUAGACAACAGGAAACCAACUAUUGAAGUUUACGAGGCGUUCCUUAAAGAAAACAGAAUGGAAAGGCUGGAUGAGAUAGUGCACUGGCUUGAAAAAUACAAUGAGCACAUACACAUCGAAUUAGCCAAUUUGCUCAUGAGGAGACACACCGAGUUGACUGGAGAUAGAAAACAAUCAAGCCUCACAUCUGUAACACCCGAAGGAAAGUGCAGAAAAUGCCUCAAAUAUUUAAAGAACGUGGAACUGACUCAAGAAGAAUUUGAUAGCCUGAGGGAAGCGUUUUUGAACCCUGUUCUUAUCGGGAAUGACAUUUUUUUAAAAACUAAACCCCAAGAAUUACAAAAAUACCAUAAGUUUUUGGACAACAUGGGAAUAGUUGAUGUUGUACUUGAUGGGCUAAACAUUGCAUAUGGUAGCAAUAAGUAUGGCACACAAUCAUAUUCAGAAUUGCUGAGAAAUGUCGUGCAGCAUUUUGUUAGAAAAAAUAAAAAAAUAAUAGUUCUUGGGAGAAGGCAUAUGCUGAAAUGGCCAGCCCAGCAAAUAAAUUACAUCAGGUCCCAUACUGGAUUAUUUCUGAUUGAUAAUAAUUCUGCUGAUGACCCGUAUUUACUACAUGCAGCAAUGCACUCUGGAAUAGGAACGAAUUUCGUAUCGAAAGAUCAGAUGAGAAGUCAUAAGUUUUUGUUGAAAGACAAAAGGCUGAAAUAUAUUUUUUCUAAAUGGCAACAAAAACACCAGAUUUAUAUAAACCAUGUAACAGAUGAUGGUCGAGUUUACACACGGAAACCACCGCCUUAUUUGAUGGAAGUCCAUAUGAGUGAAGAUGAAGGUUCAUGGCAUUUGCCGAUAAUCGAAGAUACUCCAGGUGCCAACCCACUUCAGCAGGUGUUUAAUACCACUUGGCUUUGUCUUAAGCGUUAAUAUAGUUAAUAGUUGAUCUAGCAAACAUGUAGAAAACACUUAAGCAAUUUUUAAUUUUGUAAAUAGCAACUAUACAUCGGUAUAAUAUACUUCAAAAUACAAAGUGAUAAUUUUCUA